AUGGCGAGCCAGCAGCAGUCGGUUCCAUGCAUCUCGCGGUCGCCACCCGAACAGCCGCUUCAGGUGAAGGUGGUGGGGCUUUUCAAGAGCUCCAGCUUUCAGAUCGCUAAGAGCGCCGCUGAGAGUCUGAAGAGUAAUUAUCCAUCCAAAUUUGAAGAUCCUAUAAUAAUUCCUGUUCAAGAAUUUGCAUGGCAUCAAUAUCUACAAGAGAAAAAAAGGGAACUUAAGAAUGAAGUCUGGGAAUAUUCUUCCUAUGUGAUGUGUUAUAUUAAUGAUAAGCUCCUGGGUGAUGCACUUGAUCUACAGAAAUGGGCCCACAAAGUAUGGGAUAUAGUUGAUUUUAAGCCUCCUGCACUUUACGAAGCACUUACUGUGGAUUAUUCUGCCAAAUUCUUAAGAGACACCAAGCAUAAUUUUGUGUUCUUGGACAUUUCUAUUGAUCUUUAUCCAAUUGGAAGAUUGAUUUUUGAGCUAUAUUCUGAUACAUGUCCCAAAACAUGUAAAAAUUUUCAGAUCUUGUGCACAGGAAAAGCAGGGUUUUCCCAAAGUGGCAUCAAGCUACAUUACACAGGUUCCAUUUUCCAUCGAGUGGUAAGGAAUGGCUGGGUACAAGGAGGAGAUAUAGUUGCUGGAAAAGGAGAUAAUGGAGAGUCAAUUUAUGGACCAACAUUUGAAGAUGAAAACUUCUCAGUUCCUCAUAAUAAAAGGGGAGUUCUUGGAAUGGUCAACAAAGGCCGUCACAGCAAUGGGUCACAAUUCUAUAUCACACUACAGGCUGCUCCGUAUCUAGAUAAAAAAUAUGUGGCUUUUGGGCAACUGAUUGAAGGAACAGACGUUCUUCAUCAUCUAGAAUCAGUUCCAACAGAGAAUGAAAGACCAAUACAAAAUUGUGUAAUUACUGACAGUGGAGAGCUUUAUGCCUAA